UCAGUGUGAGUAGGCUAUAAGUCGAGCAAGCUAUAAGAAGCAUUUGGGCACUGAGCAAACAACGUGUGCUGAGCAGAAGCAGGAGAAGCAACAUGGGAGAGCUGCGUGUCCGCUCCGCUCUGGUGACUGGGGCCAACCGGGGAAUCGGCCUGGGCUUUGUCCAGCACCUGCUGGCAUUGCCAAACCCACCUGAGUGGGUCUUUGCAGGCUGCCGGGAUCCCAAGGGACAGCGAGCGCAGGAGCUGCAGAAAUUGGCCUCCAAGCACCCCAACCUGGUCAUCAUCCCGCUCGAAGUCACCGAUCCCGCCAGCAUCAAGGCGGCCGCAGCCAGCGUCGGGGAGCGCCUCAAGGGCUCGGGGCUGAACCUCCUCAUCAACAACGCUGGGAUCGUAAGGGCAAACAAGCUUGACAAUGAAACACUGAAGGACAUGGCCGAGGUGUACACCACCAACACCAUCGCACCUCUGCUGCUCAGCCAGGCGCUUCUGCCACUGCUGAAGAAGGCAGCCCAGGGGAGCCCAGGCUCAGGGUUGAGCUGCAGCAAGGCAGCCAUCGUCAACAUUUCCAGUAAUGGGGGUUCAAUCAAAGAAGUCUACUUAUGGGAAGGCAUACAAGCUGUCAAUUAUCGCUGCAGCAAGCACGAUGCCCCUGUUCCCCACCUGAUCCCCAUGCUGUCUCCACAGGCUGCUCUCAACAUGCUCACCAGGUGCCAGUCCAUGGGGUACCGGGAACACGGCAUCUUCACUGUUGCUUUCCAUCCUGGCUGGGUGCAAACAGACUUGGGACGUGAAGGGGGAGCUGAGCCCCCCGUGACGGUGGACGCGAGCGUAGGAGGGAUGCUGAAGGUGCUCUCCAAACUCUCCGAGAAGGACAGCGGGUCCUUCCUGGACUGGGAAGGGAACGUUGUGCCCUGGUGAGGUGCUGGCCCGGCCUCGUGCCUGGAUCCUGGCAGUGGCCCCUCUGCUGCUGCCUGACCUCUGCUUGCUCUUCAAUAAAACCAUAUCUGUGAACAGCAAA